GGACCGGGCUCACGGCACGGCGCGGGAGCGCGCCGGUGGCGGCCGCUGUAGGGGGGCGGGGAAUAUCGUCUAAGGCGACCGUGGCAGCUUGGGCAUCGACGACUGGCAGUGGUGGCGGCUCCUGGUGCGGUUCGGCGCGCGGCCAGUUUUAGAGUUCGGAACGGAACGCUCGACGUCGCGGUCCCCGCCCGGAAAGUUUGCUGCGGAGCUGCAACCUCCUGGCCGGCGCGGCCCGGCAUGAAGCGGCGCUGAGGAGCCGCCGCCGCCGCCGCCGCCGCCGCCGCCUGAGGAGGAGCCGCAGCACCCUGGGCCACGCCGAUGACUACUGCAAACUGUGGCGCCCACGACGAGCUCGACUUUAAACUCGUCUUUGGCGAGGACGGGGCGCCGCCACCGCCGCCCCCGGUCUCGCGGCCUGCAGAUCUUGAGCCAGAUGAUUGUGCAUCCAUUUACAUCUUUAAUGUAGAUCCACCUCCAUCUACUUUAAACUCACCACUUUGCUUACCACAUCAUGGAUUACCGUCUCACUCUUCUGUUUUGUCACCAUCGUUUCAGCUCCAAGGUCACAAAAACUAUGAAGGAACUUGUGAAAUUCCUGAAUCUAAAUACAGCCCAUUAGGUGGUCCCAAACCCUUUGAGUGCCCAAGUAUUCAAAUUACAUCCAUCUCUCCUAACUGUCAUCAAGAAAUUGAUGCUCAUGAAGAUGACCUACACAUAAAUGACCCAGAAAGGGAAUAUUUGGAAAGGCCUUCUAGAGAUCAUCUCUAUCUUCCUCUUGAGCCAUCCUACCGGGAGUCUUCCCUUAGUCCUAGUCCUGCCAGCAGCAUCUCUUCUAGGAGCUGGUUCUCAGAUGCGUCUUCUUGUGAAUCUCUUUCACAUAUUUAUGAUGAUGUGGAUUCGGAGUUGAAUGAAGCUGCUGCCCGAUUUACUCUCGGAUCCCCUCUGACUUCUCCUGGUGGCUCCCCAGGAGGCUGCCCUGGAGAAGAGUCCUGGAAUCAACAGUAUGGACUUGGACACUCCUUGUCACCUAGGCAAUCUCCUUGCCACUCUCCUAGAUCUAGUGUCACUGAUGAGAAUUGGCUGAGCCCCAGGCCAGCCUCAGGACCCUCAUCAAGGCCUACUUCCCCUUGUGGGAAACGGCGGCACUCUAGUGCUGAGGUUUGUUAUGCUGGGUCCCUUUCGCCUCAUCACUCACCUGUUCCUUCUCCUGGUCACUCCCCCAGGGGAAGUGUAACAGAAGAUACCUGGCUCAAUGCUUCUGUCCAGGGUGGAUCAGGCCUUGGCCCUGCACUUUUUCCAUUUCAGUACUGUGUAGAGACUGAUAUUCCUCUGAAAACAAGGAAGACUUCUGAAGAUCAAGCUACCGUACUACCAGGAAAAUUAGAGCUCUGUUCAGAUGACCAAGGGAAUCUUUCACCGUCCCGGGAAACUUCAAUAGAUGAUGGCCUUGGAUCUCAGUAUCCUUUAAAGAAAGAUUCAUCUGGUGACCAAUUUCUUUCAGUUCCUUCACCCUUUACCUGGAGCAAACCAAAGCCUGGUCACACCCCUAUAUUUCGCACGUCUUCAUUACCUCCACUAGACUGGCCUUUACCAACUCAUUUUGGACAAUAUGAACUGAAAAUAGAAGUGCAACCUAAAACUCAUCAUCGAGCCCAUUAUGAAACUGAAGGUAGCCGAGGAGCAGUAAAAGCAUCUACUGGGGGACAUCCUGUUGUGAAGCUCCUGGGCUAUAGUGAAAAGCCGAUAAAUCUACAGAUGUUUAUUGGAACAGCAGAUGAUCGAUAUUUACGGCCUCAUGCAUUUUACCAGGUGCAUCGGAUCACUGGGAAGACAGUUGCUACUGCAAGCCAAGAGAUAAUAAUUGCCAGCACAAAGGUUCUGGAAAUUCCACUUCUUCCUGAAAACAAUAUGUCAGUCAGUAUUGACUGUGCAGGUAUUUUGAAACUCCGCAAUUCAGAUAUAGAACUUCGAAAAGGAGAAACUGAUAUUGGCAGAAAGAAUACUAGAGUACGACUUGUGUUUCGUGUACACAUCCCACAGCCCAAUGGAAAAGUCCUUUCUCUGCAGACAGCUUCUAUACCUGUUGAAUGCUCCCAGCGGUCUGCUCAAGAACUUCCUCAUAUUGAGAAGUACAGUAUCAACAGUUGUUCUGUAAAUGGAGGUCAUGAAAUGAUUGUUACUGGAUCUAAUUUUCUUCCAGAAUCCAAAAUCAUCUUUCUUGAAAAAGGACAAGAUGGACGACCUCAGUGGGAAGUAGAAGGGAAAAUAAUCAAAGAAAAAUGUCAAGGGGCUCACAUUGUCCUUGAAGUUCCUCCAUAUCAUAACCCAGCAGUUACAGCUGCAGUGCAGGUGCACUUUUAUCUUUGCAAUGGCAAGAGGAAAAAAAGCCAGUCUCAACGUUUUACUUACACACCAGUUUUGAUGAAGCAAGAACACAGAGAAGAGAUUGAUUUGUCUUCAGUUCCGUCAUUGCCUCAUCCUGUCCAGACCCAGAGGCCUUCUUCAGAUACAGGACACCUACAUGACAGUGUACUGUCUGCACAGAGAAGCUUGGUUUGUCCCAUCCAGCUAACAUAUGCAUCCAUGGUAACCUCAGCCCAUCUGCCACAGUUGCAGUGUAGGGAUGAGAGUGCUGGUAAAGAACAGCAUAUGAUACCUUCUUCAGUUGUGCACCAGCCUUUUCAAGUCACACCAACACCUCCUGUAGGGUCUUCCUAUCAGCCUAUGCAAACUAAUGUCGUAUUCAAUGGACCAACUUGUCUUCCUGUUAAUGCUGCCUCUAGUCAAGAAUUUGAUCCAGUUUUGUUUCAGCAGGAUGCAGCUCUUCCUAAUUUAAUAAAUCUUGGCUGUCAGCCACCAUCAUCCAUACCUUUUCAUUCUUCAAAUUCAGGCUCAACAGGACAUCUCUUAGCCCACACACCUCAUUCUGUGCAGACCUUGCCUCAUCUGCCGUCAAUGGGAUACUGUUGUUCAAACACAGGACAAAGAUCUCUUUCUUCUCCAGUGGCUGAUCAGGUCACAGGUCAGCCUUCCCCUCAGUUACAACCCAUUACGUAUGGUCCUUCACAUUCAGGGACUGCUACAACAGCUUCCCAAGCAGCCUCUCAUCCCUUGGCCAGUUCACCACUUUCUGGGCCACCAUCUCCUCAGCUACAGCCUAUGCCUUACCAGUCUCCUAGCUCAGGAACUGCCUCAUCACAGUCUCUAGCCACCAGAAUGCAUUCUGGACAGCACUCAACUCAAGCACAAAGUACAGGCCAGGGAGGUCUUUCUGCACCUUCAUCCUUAUUAUGUCACAGUUUGUGCGAUCCAGCUUCAUUUCCACCUGAUGAGGCAACUGUGAACAUUAAACCUGAACCUGAAGAGCAAGAACCUAACUUUUCUACAAUUGGUCUUCAGGACAUCACUUUAGAUGAUGACCAGUUUAUGUCUGACUUGGAACACCAGCCAUCAGGUUCAGCAGAGAAAUGGCCUAACCACAGUGAGCUCUCAUGUCCACCUCCUUUCUGGAGAAUCUAGAGGUGAAUGAGGUAAUUGGGAGAGACAUGUCCCAGAUUUCUGUUUCCCAAGGAACAGGGGCGAGCAGGCAGGCUCCCCUCCCAGGUCCUGAUUCCCUGGAUUUAGGAAGAUCCGACGGGCUCUAACAGCGCUCACUGCAGCCUUGUGUCCACCAUCAUGUACUUCUCAGCAUGUUUCUCUCUUUGGACCUUGGGCUUCCAACUCUGCAACCUUCAGGAUGGAGCCAGGAGUUGGGAUCACCAUAUGUGGGGAAAGCAGCAUUCCUCCAACUCAGGCCUUGGGUAGAUUUUUUAAAAGAACAGGAGCAGCACAGGCUGUCUGAUCUUUGGGGAAAUGAGCUUUGCUUUUUAUAUUUAAAUAGGAUACUUUUAUAUGAUGGGUGCUUUGAGUGUGAAUGCAGCAGGCUCUCCAUUUCAGAGGUGCUGCUUUUGCAGGUGAUCUGGUUGCUUAGCUAGGAUUGGUGAUUUGUACUGCUUUAUUGUCAUUUGAAGGACUCUUUAGCUUUGAUGAUAUUUUUAAAGUAGAAACUUUUGAUAAAACCUUCCAGAGGCAAACAUUAAAAAAAAAUUAUUCCCCCAAGCCCACACCUAUGCCUCGGAAACUCAGCAUGUGUCCUGAAGCCUUUCAUAGAUUCAUAGGAAGUAAAGCCAAAUGUAGCUCAUACCUCUUUAUAAAAGUAAACUGUUAGAUAAAAUGACACCAUUCCAAUCAUUGAAGUGUUGGAAUAUAAAAUGACAUUCCAGAGCAUAGCAUUUUCGUAACUUUCUAGGUAAUCUUCCUGCAAUCUCUCCAUGCUGUCUCCAUGUUGAAAUUGCUUUUUUCCCUCAGGGCCUUGGGUAAGAUAACUACAUGUAAGGGAACUUUGAAAGGUGGGGUUUCGUAGCUUGGUAGCUUUAAUUUCCUGCCAUCCUACAAACAGGUAGACUGUGGAGUACUCUUCCCUUUUGUGUCCUCUGGUCCCAGACCUUUUCCAAGUGGAAGCAUCUGCAUUUGGCUGCCACAAUCUUGUGAUGAUUUGUUUAGGCAACUUCGCUGCUUCUAGCUUAUCUCUAGAGGCCAGGCUGUGUCAGAAGCUAAGUACAAAUGAGCUAUGCUUCAAGACAGGAGCAGAGAACAUUCAGGAUUCCAGAUGGGAUGCUUUUAAGAUUUACACUGGCAUGGAAGGCUUUUCCCUCAUUCUGUUUACAGCCUAAAAUGAUUCUGGCCUACCCUCCCAUCUGCAUGGCCUAAAAAAUAGCCUUUUUCUAAAAGGCUUUGAGGCAAUUCCAAAAAUGAGAUAGCAUUCUAAACCUGACCCUCCACACCAAAGAUGCCCUGGUGCUGCUGCUGGUAAGGCUGGUGCCCAAGGCGGGGCCAGCAAGAAACUCCAGCCUGCUGUCUACCAAAGGAGGUGCCCGACUUGGGUGCUUUUUUCAAACCCUGCCCUUACCCCUCCCCUUAAUGGGAUUAGUUUCCCAUUCCAAGGCCUGGGCCUACUUCAACACCCCUGAAGUUUGCAGUAUGUUUUCAAAUGAAAUGUACUUUUAUUCAGGAAGCAAAUUUUCUGAGUGCCUACAUGUAAGACAGUGUGCUGGGCUGGUCAAAGGCUUGAUGCUGUUAUUCCAGGGGAUUGUGGGUCCUACAUGCCAGGACUGUCUACUGAGGCCAAGUGAGGCCUGGGUGGAGGGAGCCAGCUCAUUGCCUACCACCUCUAGUCAACCAGUUAGGAGCUAUUGACCCAGAAUGAGGAAGUAUGGUCUUUUUUUUUUUUUUCCUUUAAGCUAUGAUGUUUUAGAUUUCUCCCUAAAAUUAGUUAGAAAAAAAUGCCUGUACUUCAGCAAAUCACUCUAGUCCUUCUUGGAGCCUGGUGUUGUCACAUUUUCUUUGAAAGUGAGUUUUGUGUCACAGUGUGGAUAGUGAGAUUUGCUUCAGGGCCUGUGGUUGGAAGCCCAGAGUUUCCUUUGGAGGGGUUGCGGCGGCUGGCCGCCUUGAGGUGAAGUUCCAGAGAGUUGGCCAGACUUGCCUCCACUCUCUUGCCCCUGGUGUAGCUGCCUCACAUGGGGUUCUUGCAAGAGCUUCCCUUGCAAGACCCUUUGGGGGUGCUCUGCUGCCCUCAAGAAUAAAAGCCUCUAUGAUACAGAGUUGCUAUGCACCAAAUUUUGAUGCCUUUUAAAUACCUUGAUGCCUGUAGCACUAGAAAUGCUCUUUCCUAUUUAAAAUAAAAAUUAAAUUUUAAAAUAGA